CAGAGUUCCCGGUCCUCCGAGGCGGCCGAAGAGGAGAAGGAGCCGCGCACGGUGACGGUCAACCCCUCGCACAUGAGGAAGGCCUUCAAGGUCAUGAACGAGUUACGGAGCAAGCGGCUCCUCUGUGACGUGGUGAUUGUGGCCGAAGCAGUGGAGAUGGAAGCCCACCGCGUGGUCCUUGCCGCCUGCAGCCCCUAUUUUUGUGCCAUGUUUACAGGAGACAUGUCCGAAAGCAAAGCCAAGAAGAUUGAAAUAAAAGAUGUCGAUGGGCAGACGCUGAGGAAGCUGAUUGAUUACAUCUACACAGCUGAGAUAGAGGUCACAGAAGAGAAUGUGCAGGUUUUGUUGCCAGCUGCCAGUCUCUUGCAGCUGAUGGACGUUAGAAAAAACUGCUGUGACUUUCUUCAGUCCCAGCUGCAUCCCACGAAUUGCCUCGGCAUCCGCGCCUUCGCGGAUGUGCACGCGUGCACCGAGCUGCUGCAGCAGGCGAACGCCUACGCAGAGCAGCACUUUCCCGAGGUGAUGCUGGGAGAAGAAUUUCUUAGCCUUAGUCUGGACCAGGUUUGCAGUUUAAUAUCAAGUGACAAGCUCACGGUCUCCUCUGAAGAAAAGGUGUUUGAAGCUGUUAUCUCUUGGAUAAAUUAUGAGAAGGAGUCUCGCUUAGAGCACAUGGCGAAACUGAUGGAGCAUGUUCGCCUGCCCCUUUUGCCCAGAGAUUACCUCGUACAGACAGUUGAAGAAGAAGCUUUAAUCAAGAAUAACAACACGUGCAAAGACUUCCUUAUCGAGGCCAUGAAGUAUCACUUGCUUCCACUGGAUCAGAGGCAACUGAUAAAGAAUCCUAGGACCAAACCGAGGACACCAGUCAGCUUGCCCAAGGUGAUGAUCGUGGUGGGCGGGCAAGCGCCCAAAGCCAUCCGCAGCGUGGAGUGCUACGACUUUGAGGAGGAACGAUGGGAUCAGGUUGCUGAGCUUCCCUCCCGGAGGUGCCGAGCAGGCGUGGUGUUUAUGGCUGGCAACGUUUAUGCCGUCGGGGGCUUUAACGGCUCCCUGAGAGUGCGCACGGUGGACGUGUAUGACGGCGUGAAGGACCAGUGGACGUCCAUCGCCAGCAUGCAGGAGAGACGCAGCACGCUGGGCGCCGCCGUGCUCAACGACCUCCUCUACGCCGUGGGUGGAUUUGAUGGCAGCACUGGUCUGGCAUCAGUUGAGGCCUAUAGCUAUAAAACCAAUGAGUGGUUUUUUGUGGCUCCCAUGAACACAAGAAGAAGCAGUGUUGGAGUUGGAGUUGUAGAGGGCAAGCUGUAUGCCGUGGGGGGCUAUGACGGAGCAUCCCGCCAGUGCCUCAGCACCGUGGAGCAGUACAACCCGGCCACGAACGAGUGGAGCUACGUGGCCGACAUGAGCACGCGGCGCAGCGGCGCAGGCGUCGGUGUUCUCAGCGGGCUGCUCUAUGCCACCGGCGGGCACGACGGCCCCCUCGUGCGCAAGAGCGUGGAAGUCUACGAUCCAGGGACAAACACCUGGAAGCAAGUGGCAGACAUGAACAUGUGUAGGAGAAACGCAGGUGUGUGUGCCGUGAAUGGGCUCCUCUACGUGGUUGGAGGAGAUGAUGGCUCCUGUAACUUGGCCUCUGUGGAGUACUACAACCCCAUCACCGACAAGUGGACGUUGUUACCAACCAGCAUGAGCACUGGGAGAAGUUACGCAGGUGUGGCUGUGAUUCACAAACCCUUGUGACACCCAGCCGAGGUGGUGCGAGGAGCAGAAGUCAAGUGGAUCCAGCCAGGUGGCAUUGGGAAGGUGACCCACCUACGUCUUGACCCAUCUCAUCGCUGUCAAACUCUUUGCGUGACAAGUGACACGUUACAAAUGUCAUCUGCUUGGCAGUGUCCCUUGUUGUGCAGCAAGGGGCAGAUCCCUCUGGGGAUGCAGCCCAUGCUGGGCACGAGGUGUUGCUUGUUGUCUGUGGUGCCAUCGACUGUUCCUCUCCACGGGUAGGUGGGGUGAACGCUGUACUUGGACUGUGGGCACUGAAUUUCUCAUGUGGAACAAAACUGCUGCAUUUGGACAUGUGAGUAAAAAUGGACACUUUGGGAUUUCUUCACUACUGAUGCUCCGUAUGCAUUAUUGGUUGAACUUGCUCAUUGUGCCUGAAGGGUGAACGUUACUACUGACAGUGGAAACUUGGAAGUACCACGAGCAGAAACGGGCUGGAGCAGGGUGCUCGGACUGUGCGGUGUCACCAUUGUCACGCAUUUGUCUUUGCCACUGGACUACUCUGUGUGUUCCCGGGACGCUCGUGGUGCGGUGGGAGAUGAAUACGGUGUCAUCUCUGUCACCAGUGCCAUUCCCUGCACGGAUGGGAGCUGCUGGGCAGUGCCUUUUCCGGGCCGGGGUCUCGGCACCUCAGCCGCGCCGCGACCUCAGGGAACUCUGCUGCUCCGGGAGGCCACUGCUCCCAUCAAACAGCUACUGCUCAAAUAGGAACUAUUCCCUAUUCCUUCUCUGUGUGCUUCUUCAUGCUGUGCCGAAAGCCUCCGUUCUAGCUCUGUCCAGCAUUUCAGUGCCAUGUCAUAAGAGAUCGUUCGGCUAUCGAAAGAAAUACGUGAUGUUGCCAUUGGUGUAGACACGGUACAACAAGAACCCUAGGUCACCCAAGUAGGGUUAAUAACAGAGAUAAAAUACCUCCAGUGUCUUAAUGUUUCCCGAGUAUGGAGAUCUUGCUAAUCAGUGUCAUUGUAAUUAUUUAAAUUUUUUCUGUGCUGAUUGCACUCUUCCAUCAGGAUGAAGAAUUGGUAAGAUAAAACACAAGGAAACAGCUAAAUGAGAUCCAGCUGUGGAGCAGCUGUCUUUCUUACAUCCCAGACCCUUAAAGCUUUCUGUGUAAAUGGGUGUUUGACUUAUUUGGGGGGGACACCUGUACUCCUGCGAGCCAUGGCACACUUCUCCAGGCAGGGGUAGACUGCCAAAGACUCUCCAGCUAAAGGGGACCCAUGAAGAAAGCUCUUUCAUCUCCCCUUUUCAGUUUUUCAGCUCACUUUAUGCAUUUUAUUGUCUUCUUAACGCGAGUUAGUUUCCCUGCUCUGUCUCGUUUCUGCCCCUGUGGAUGAAGGGUUGUCUGUGGUGGGCACCAGGACGGUGUCUGUGCAUGGUGCUGCUGACUGUUGCACUUACCGCUGUUCUUCUGCCGUUUUAAAUCUCCACAGACUCCUCUUAAAAGAGCUGCUUGUGACCUUCUGUGGUGGAAAAAAGAAAUACUUAAAAAAAAAUUGUUUUUGGAGAGACUUCUGGCUAAAUCACCUUUUAUAGGCAGCUUUUGCAGCGGAGGCAGGUGACUUAUUUACAGAAGUUGAUUUUUCCCAUUGGAGCUGGCUCAGACCUUUCAGCCCGGGUACCUGGUCACUGUGAGGGGACCAAGGGUCGCUCCUCUGCUCCGCCUUGCCCAGGACAGGCCUGGCCAUCCUGGGGAGUUUACAGUCCUGCUCGUUCCUCUGGGAUGCUCUUAUUUCCAGGAGCAAAGGAAGCUGCAAGAAUGGCAGUGGUGGUCUUGAUAUCUCCCCUUCCGUUGUAUGACAGGUGAGAGAUCUCAGACAAAAAGGUGUCAUUUCUGCAAUACCCUUGAAGCGUCUUGCUUUGGGUUUUCUGGUCUACACGGAAACAUACCGAAUCAGGUGUAACAUUUGCUGCUGGUGGUGGACUUUUUUAUUGUAAAAGCUAAUGAUGGCGGUAGGAGCGUGUCCACCAACUAAACCUGAGUCCAGAGGUGCAUCUUUAGGUGCCAGAUGAUGCCUUGGUCCAUAUGGGUGCAUGAAUUCAGCGUCUCCAGGGCUGGUCCACAGGCGUUUCCCUUUUCCUAUGGUCCUUGCAGAUAUAGGAUGAAAUGGGAUGGGCCAAGCUUAAGUCUCCCUCCUUGGCCCUUCAUCAGGUUGGGUAUGUGCCUACAGCUAGGUAAAAGCUGGGAACAGUUGCCAGCUAAGAUGCUCUGCCAUAGCAGGGAGUUCUGCUGGGGCUAAGGCAAAGAUUGGUAUGAGACUAAUAGUUUCUGUGAGAAACUAUUUUUUGGGAGAAAAGCAAACAGUGCUACAGAGAGGCAAACUGCAAGUUUGCAGUUUAUUGUCCUGAAGGGUGAGUAUGCCUGAAAGUUGGUUUAUUUUUUUUCCACUGCUAUAUCUGCUUUUCUAACAGGAAUACCCAUCCCUCUCUAAACCUUCGUCGCUUUGAAGGAAAUCACGUUUUUGGGUGGUUUUCUGCUUUUGUAAAAUGGCAUUUUGCACAGCCAUGGGCUUGCUGGACAGGGCCAGGGCUGCCCUGGCUCGCGGAGCUGCUCCGGCUGCCGCUGCUUCCCCCGCUCCCGUGUCCCCCCGUCCCCUUGCAGUGUUAUGCAAGUCAAGUGACCUCGUUUUCCAGCUAUGCAAUAUGAACAACAGUAACGUAUGACAAACCAGCUGUAUUUCCCCCCCUUCUCAAAUGGCUUUUCCGAUUCGUGUGUCCUUGGUGUGUGGUUUCCUGUUUCUGUUACUGAUUCGGAGCCCCUGAGCCAGAUCCUUUCAAGAUUGCCUUUUUCUAGGACUGAAAACAUAGCGCUAGUGCUAACAGAUUUUACUGUAAAUAUUUUUAUAAGACAAUUGAAAAUAACUUUUUGGGAUUGCUUUUUAUUGUUGUCAAUGACACUUAUGUUAAAAUCUUGAUCUAAUUCUUACACUCCACUGCAGUUCUUGCUGGCCGUGCUGUAGGUGUGAAUAACUCGUAUGUUUUCUGUGCAAGAAAUUAAAUAUUCUAACUAAGGUCUGGGAUAGCUCUUGUGUUGAUCCUAACAUAUUCUAGGCGGGACAGCAGUGGGCUGAACCUUGGGAAAUAGGUUGAAAUCCAUUGCCUCAGUCACCAGUACAUGCGUUAGUAGAUAUUCUGAAAUAAUUGAGAAAUUAUUUUUCUCCAAUUAAUUUUCUGUGCUGCUCGUUUGCUUUGCGUUUCGCUUGGCGAACAAGCUUUCUGGGCGAGCUGGCGCCUGCAAGACCAGGCGCCCGUACAGAACCCCUCAAAUUGCCCCGGAUCACCCAGGUCUCGUGGGAGGUUUGGUCAAAGCUUUACAAUCCCUGGGGCUCGUUCCUCCCGGUGCCUAUUGUGAAUAUUGAAGUUUGCACCGGAGGGGAGCACGUGCACCGCAGGAUGCGUUUGCAUUGAACAGCGUGUUGUUAGAACCACUUGGAAUCAAGUCCAUCUUUCCCAUUUGCGCCUAAUAGAUAAAUUGUGAGUGAUUAAAACCAAUUUUCUUUUCAUUGCGUUUAAAUACUUUUUCUGUCUGGCUGUGCAGCACGCUGUAAUUACCAUAAAUCCACUUGCCAGCAUUUGCAUGACAGCACCACGAAAGCCUGAGACUGUCUUCGUGUCUGGAGACCCAAAUCCUUAAUAUCAAGUAAUGUGGGAAGCCCGUUCAUCAAACUGACAUGAUGGU